UGACAAGUUUAGCUCCUGCUGUGAUCAGUACCCACAACUCCGAGUCCAAUCUCUCCGACCAAUCCAAGGAUUUAAAUCAAUAUCGUUCGCCCAACCAUACCUUAGCGCAGCCCAAAAUGAAGUUCAGUGUGGCCCUGGCUAUGAUGCUGAUCGCUGGAAUUGUGGCCAGCCUCGAUGCCUUGCCCGCCAGGAAAAGAAUGGUAUACUACCAGCAGCCCGCCGCUGCCGAGUGGUACGGAGGAGCGCCCCAGCAACGAUUCAUGUACAUGCAGUACGUGCAGCCUGGCCGAACCCAUGCUCGCUCCACCCAGGCGGCCAGCGCCCUUGUGGCCGGCGAGACCGUCGCCACCGGCACCUACCUGAAGGAUUGCAAUCACGCAGAGUCCGAGCUCAGCGCCGAGGGAGUCCAGGCCGAGGACGUUCUGGCCGCGGCCGAUGCCCACGGUGCUAGCUCCGUGGCUGAGGCCUACCCUGACCAGGCCCCAGUCGUCCAGGUGGCUAUCGAUGCCGAUGUUGUGCCGCAGGCCGAGUCGGAGGCCGAUCAGGAGUCUCAGCCCGAAGCUGCUGACGAUGCCGCCAAAGUUCCGCGUGACUUUAACUUUGCUGCCGAGGAAGCCGCUGUCGGCGCCGUUGCCGCUGAAGAGGAAGCCGUGCCCCUACCCGUGGCCGAGAACGAACAGGUCGCACCCGCCCCGAUCGCUCCCGUUGCUCCCGUUGUGCCCGGCAAUCGCUACCUGCCAGCCAAGAAGAAGGUGAUUGUCGAGCUGGAUCAGUCGCCCGAAGAGGAGCAAUCCCAGGCAGCCGCUAUCGAGGAUGAUGACGAGGCGGAGAAUGCCGUGGCUGACGAUGUCGAGGAGGACGAAGAAGAACUGGCCGUGCCCGUGAAACCAGUCAACCCAGUCCGCGUGCCCAAUGCCCGUCGUCCAGUAGCUAAGAAGCCCGUCAAGGCCGCCGCUCCGGCCGGAGGCAAGCCCUCGAAGAAGCCCGCCGCUGCCCUGCCUGCCGGCACCUUCUUCCCCAUCGACUUUGGAGGCACCAAUGGUGGCGCCAUCGCUAUUGCCAACUCCUUCAGCACAGGCGAGGGCGGAUCCGCCACUAGCCACGCCAUCGCAUACGGUUCCCCCGACUCCGCCAGCCGACGUGUUCGCCCCAAUCCCAGCAAGUUCCGCCACUGA